AUGUCGUCCAUUGAAGAGUUGCAACAUCUCAAAAUUUCACUCAAUAUUUUAAAAUCUGCCACUAACAAUUUUAGUGAAGUCAACUGUAUCGGGCAUGGUGGGUUCGGUAAAGUUUAUAAAGGAGAAAUUCUCCUAUCUGACGUGCUCACCAUGGUUGCCGUAAAGCGUUUAGAUAAGUCAUUUGGACAAGGAGCCACUGAGUUUUGGAAAGAGAUAAUGUUGCUAUCUCAAUACAAACAUGAAAAUCUCGUCUCCCUCUUACACUUUUGUGACGAGGGUGGUGAGAAUCUUCUUGUCUACGAGUAUCUAUCAAAUAAAAGUCUAGACUUAUACUUAAGUAGCGUUGAUCUCUCUUGGCAUCAACGCCUUAUGAUAUGCCUUGGGGCCGCAAUAGGACUAGAGUAUCUUCAUGAACCUGUAGAGGGGAGUCAGCAAAGAGUCUUGCAUCGUGAUAUCAAGAGUGCAAAUAUAUUGUUGGAUCACAAUUGGACACCUAAGAUAGCAGACUUUGGAUUGUCCAAACUUGGUCCUGCUAACCAACAAUUUACUUUUAUUAUUUCAGACGCAGUAGGUACAAUGGGCUAUUGCGAUCCCUUAUACGCGCAUACAGGUUUAUUGACAAAAGAAUCUGACGUCUAUUCUUUUGGUGUGGUAUUGUUCGAAGUUCUUUGUGGAAGACCAUGUGUGCAAAAUUAUGACGACACCCGCAGAUAUCUGUCUGCAUUGUCACGGAAAUGCUACGAAGAAAAGAAAUUGGAUACAAUUAUUCACAUUGGUUUACGAGAUAAAAUAUCUCCAAUGUGUGUAGAAAAAUUUUCAGCAAUAGCGUAUCAAUGUUUGGAGUUAGACCAUACAAAACGACCAACAAUGGGUGAAGUCGUGAAAGAGCUUAGAUGUGCAAUUCAUUAUCAAAGCACACUACAGGGAGUGCCAUUGAAAGAGAUACAAGUUGCUACUGAUAACUUUAGAAUUUGUAUUGACAAAACUCUUGAUGGCGAACGAAUAUACGAAGGGGAACUUUCCAUCUUCGGAAUACCUACAAGGGUAUUUAUAAAGAGGUUUUUCGAGCACUCUGGACUCACAUUGAGUGAUUAUUUGAAAUCAAUGGAUAUUCUUUCUCAACUACACCAUUCAAAUUAUAUCUCGACUCUAGGUUACUGCAUUGAAAAAAGAGAGAUUAUAGUGUAUGAGUAUCCGAAGCGUGGAAGUUUAGAUCAGUAUAUAAGGCGUAGCGAUAGAGCUUCUACUAGUCUUACGUGGCAACAAAGACUUGAAAUAUGUGCAGGGGCAGCUCAUGGAUUAGCUUACCUCCAUAGUCAAAACAAGAUAGAGAUUGGUUUCAAAAGCACCUCUAUAUUUCUUGAUGACAAGUGGGUUGCUAAAAUUGGUUUAGGUGGAGGUGGCGAUGCGUAUAACUCACCCGAAUACAUUACCAAUAAUGGUAAAGAGACGAAAAAAGGCAAUGUAUAUACUUUCGGCAUGGUAUUAUUUGAAGUUUUGUGUGGGAGGCUUUUCACUGAAGAUGUGGAUGACUACACGUUAUCAGCUAAACGUAUCAAAAGGUUGUAUGAAAAGAAGAGAAUUUAUGAGAUUGUUGAUCCUGCUCUUUCAAGUGAAGAGAAGAUCAGCUCAUCUUCCGUGGAAAAAUAUUCAACAAUUGCGUAUCAAUGCUUGUCGUACAAUCCAAGAAAACGACCUUCCAUGGAUGAUGUCGUAAAAGAUCUUGAUGAGUUAUUGAGUAUCCUGAGUAGCAUUCAUCACCAAAGCAUAGUACAGGAAUUAGCAUUGAAAGAGAUACAAGUUGCCACGCAUUAUUUCAAAUAUUGUAUUGGCCAAAAACCUGGAGGCGAACGGGUAUACGAAGGGGAACUUUCCAUCUUGGGAAUACCUACAAUGGUAUAUAUAAUACGGUAUCCUGAGCAUCCGCAUACGGGGGAUUAUUUGGAAGACCUGGGCGACUCCAUUAAACUACAACAUCCAAAUGUUUUCUCGGCUCUGGGUUACUGCAUCGACAAAAGGGAGGAGAUUAUGGUGUAUGAGUACACACAGCGUGGAAGUUUAGAUCAGUAUAUAAGGCGUAGCAAUAGAGCCUCUACUAGUCUUACGUGGCGACAAAGACUUGAAAUAUGCACAGGUGCAGCUCACGGAUUAUCUUUCCUCCAUAGUCAAGACGAGUGUGAGUUGGAAUUUAAAAGCAGCUGUAUUCUUCUUGAUGACAAGUGGGUUGCUAAGAUUGGUGAUCUAGAAAUAUCGACGCAAGCUUCAACUGAUUUAGACAUUAAUGCUUAUGAAUCACCCGAAUACAUUAUUGAUGAUGAAAUCACGGAAGAAAACAAUGUAUAUAAUUUCGGCAUAAUAUUAUUUGAAGCUCUGUGUGGGAGGUUGUGCACCGAAGAGGUAGAUGGCUACAUGUUGUCAGCCCAACGGAUGAAAGACUUGUACGAAAAGAAGAAACUUUAUAAGUUUGUUGAUCCUGUUUUAAAAAAAGAGAAAAUCAGCUCAUCUUUCGUGGAGAAAUAUUCAGCAAUUGCGUAUCGAUGCUUGUCGUAUGAUCCAAAGCAACGACCUUCCAUGUAUGAUGUCGAAAUACAACUUGAAGAGUUAUUGGAUAUCGAGAGGAGCAUUUAUCAGCAAGGCAUAAUACAGGAAGUACCAUUGAAAGAGAUACAAGUUGCCACUCAUUACUUUAAAUUUUGUAUUGGCAAAACUAAUUAUGGCGAAUGGAUAUAUGAAGGGGAACUUUCCAUUUUCGGAACACCUACAAGGGUAUAUAUAAUAAGGUAUAGUGAGCAUGCAGGUUCUUAUUUGGAUGAUCUGGGCGACUCCAUUAAACUACAACACCCAAAUGUUUUCUCGGCUCUCUGUUACUGCAACGAGAAAAGGGAGGAGAUUAUAGUGUAUGAGUAUCCCAAGCGUGGAAAUUUAGAUCACUGUAUUCUUCUUGAUGACAAGUGGGUAGCUAAAGUUAGCGAUCUUGAAAUAUCACCGCUCCAAGAUUCAACCGAUUCAGAUACAGAUUCAGAUUCAGAAGAUGAUGCCUAUGAAGCACCCGAAAGCAUUAUUGAUGGUGAAGACACGAAAGAAAAUAAUGUAUAUACUUUCGGCAUAAUAUUAUUUGAGGCUCUGUGUGGGAGGUUGUGCACCGAAGAAGUAGAUGGCUACAUGUUGUCAGCCAAACAGAUGAGAGAUUUGUAUGAAAAGAAGAAACUUAAUAAGUUUGUUGAUCCUGUUCUAAAACAAAAGAAGAUCAGCACAACUACUGUGAGGACAUAUGCAACAAUUGCUUAUCGGUGUUUGUCGCAUAAUCCAAAAAAACGACCUUCCAUGGAUGAUGUCGCAAUACAGCUUGAAGAGUUGUUGGAGAACAAGAGCUUCCUUUUCAUGUUGGAAAAACCUGCGUGGUCUAUUUUCAAAGUCGGCGUGGGGGCCUGUGGGACAGCCGGACAGGUGGGAGCAGGCGUGUCCCUGCUAAUGGGCCAGAAGGCCGACGAAUUAGCACGUAUUUUGCAUCCAUUUUCUAGUCCAUAUGAAUCUAUAAAAGGCCCAUCUGUUAUUUUUUAG